CUUCCUCGAAACAAACAAUGGCAUCACAACUUCUCUACCUUAUCCUAGCUCUCCCCAUCAUUGUUCUCCUCCUGUUGCUUCAUCGUAAGCACAGGCAAACCCAAGGUUCUUAUCGCCUCCCACCUGGCCCUCCAGGUCUCCCGCUGAUAGGCAACUUGUUCGAUAUCGAUUCCUCGGUUCCUCAUCGCUCGUUGUGGCGGCUCUCUCGGGUAUAUGGAGUCUUGAUGUCGUUGAAACUGGGAUGCACUCGAGUAGUCGAGUUCUCGUGGUUUCCUCGGCCAUUCUGGCCGAGGAAGUCAUGAAAACUCAGGACCUUGUAUUUUGUAGCAGGCCAUCUCUUACCGGCCCGAAUCAUCUCUCCUCUUCGGUGAUCGGGGAACUGGGUGACGGGGUGUUGCGAAGUCGCCGACUGAUAUUCGAAUCAGGCUUCGCGCGGAAUGGAUGCCGACGGCGAGAAGAUUUAGGGUUAUAGAGGACAACCGUCUUUUCAAAAAUGGUUAGGCAUUCUGUUAAUUAAUCGUGAGUUUAAUUACCAUUUUUUAUUUUCAUUAAUAAUCUUAUUAAUAUUUA